CAAAACAAGCCGACCUAAGCAGCAUGGAGAAGCUGCGUCGCUGAGGAAUUUUUGACCUUUUAAAGAGUUUCCUAUGUAAUAGUGUUGGGUUGAAUAGCACUUUCCAGAAUGUCGGUCAAGCAGGCAUCAGUCCAUGCCAAAUGGAUCAUCGGCAGAGUAAUAGGGACCAAGAUGUACAAAACUGCCAAAGUGAGAGUCACAAGACUGGUGCUGGACCCUUACCUGCUCAAGUACUACAACAAGAGGAAGACUUAUUUUGCCCAUGAUGCUUUGCGGCAGUGCACUGUGGGAGAUAUCGUCCUACUCAAGGCUCUGCCUGAAGCCAGGUCCAAACAUGUGAAGCAUGAACUGGCUGAGAUAGUGUAUAAAGUAGGGCGGGUGGUCGACCCACUGACAGGGAAGAGUGUUGCAGGAACUGAGUUUGUGGAGCCCCUGACUGACCUUCCAUUCAGCCUGGGAGAGGAGACGACGUUGACAGAAAAACUACAGGAGCUCAACAUCACUGCUGCCUCCAGUGGAGCCGACUCCUCGCCAGCACCAACUCCAGCUCCAUGAUAGAAAACUUUUCUGUGCAGUAAUGUUAGCUCAAACACGUUUCUGUUUCAGGUUUUCAUGUAAAUAUAAGUUUAUAAACCAGUAAUCUUGUCGUAUAAUAUGAUGAUGUAAUAAUGUGGAUGAGAGCUGAAUACAUUUUCCUUUGCUGCCUUCUCAGGUAGUUUGAACUCAUGAAAUAUUUCUGAGGAAUUUACAAUAAAAUGACAAACAUGCA